UUUCUCUCCUCUAGGAAUCCCAUCUCUCUCCCGGUCCAAUUUGCUUAGAUCAGAUGGUUUUAGGAACGGUUUUCAAUUAGGAAACUGGGAGAGGGGUUUUUUUUGCUUCAUGAGGAUUUGCGAUUUGUUGUGCCAACAUCUUGAGCUAUGUUUUGCUGCGGAGGCGAGGAGGAUGAAAACAACGGUCCACCUGCGAACCAAUAUCAAGCCCCACCUAAAGGGAAUUCAUGUGGCGCUGGCGGUGGGAGAGGAGAGCCAAAGAGUUCCAAUGUAGCUAAAAGUGGAGGGGCUCCUCAAAAAGUCCUUCCCAUUGAAAUUCCAUCCAUCUCAUUAGAUGAGUUAAAUAGGUUGACUGGAAAUUUUGGACAAAAGGCUUUGAUUGGAGAAGGUUCUUAUGGCCGGGUUUUCUACGCUACUUUAAGUGGUGGACAAGCUGUAGCAAUAAAGAAGCUGGAUGCCAGUACUUCUCAGGAGCCAGACAAUGAUUUUACAGCACAGUUAUCAGUAGUUUCAAGGCUUAAGCAUGAGCAUUUUGUGGAGUUGAUAGGAUAUUGUUUGGAUGCAAAUAACCGAAUCCUGGUAUAUGAGUUUGCAACAGUGGGUUCUUUGCAUGAUGUGUUACAUGGAAGGAAAGGUGUACAAGGAGCUGAACCUGGUCCAAAUCUAAGCUGGAAUCAAAGAGUUAAAAUUGCCUUUGGUGCAGCUAAAGGCCUUGAAUAUCUGCACGAGAAGGUUCAGCCUUCCAUUGUUCAUCGUGAUGUCAGAUCGAGCAAUGUCCUACUUUUCGAUGACUUUCUGUCUAAAAUUGCUGAUUUCAACUUGACAAAUCAAUCUUCUGACACAGCAGCUCGACUGCAUUCAACUAGGGUCUUGGGUACCUUUGGUUACCAUGCUCCAGAGUAUGCUAUGACAGGGCAGAUAACGCAGAAGAGUGAUGUCUAUAGUUUUGGAGUAGUUCUUCUUGAGCUCUUGACCGGAAGAAAGCCAGUAGACCACACAAUGCCCAAAGGACAGCAAAGUCUUGUUACUUGGGCAACUCCAAGAUUAAGCGAAGACAAGGUGAAGCAAUGCGUGGACCCCAAGCUAAACAAUGACUACCCACCAAAGGCAAUUGCUAAGCUAGCGGCGGUUGCAGCGCUUUGUGUUCAGUAUGAGGCAGACUUCCGGCCAAACAUGACAAUUGUUGUCAAAGCUCUUCAGCCUCUUCUCAAUGCAAAACCAGCAGGACCAGAGACUCAAGCAUGAUAUAUAUGAAGAGUUGUGCAAAGCAAAACCAUUGGAUGUGGGCAAACCCAAUAUCACAAGGGCUUGUCGCUCCUCAUUUAAUGAUUUAAAUUAUACAGUUUAAAUUGUAAAAACAUUUCUUUAUAUAUAUAUAAAUUACAACCAAAAAAAAAAAAUAAAAGCAGUCCAUUUUU